AUGCCGGCAUCUUCGGAAAUCACACAAGCGCAACAAACUUCCCUGGAUGAUACAGAUUGUUACGCGUCCGUUUGGGGAGAGAUCCUAGCACAGCAAGAACAAGAAGAUGAACCAACUCACCACAAGAGUGGCUUGUGGGGAGGCCGAGGAAAGGGUGGUCGCGGACUUGGCAGGCGAACUGUCCAGCCUAAGGACGUCGUCUUGGACAACGUAAGACUCCAGUACCUAAAGGGAGCACCCUUUUUGGAGGGAGCCAACAUUAAACUUCUUCACGGACAUGUCUACACUCUGAUUGGCAAGAAUGGAUGCGGAAAGUCUAGCUUGUUGAAACGAAUGGAUGCACAAAAGAUUCCUGGAUGGUCAACAAGCUGGACUUCAAUAUAUAUACCCCCUGAACUACAUCCUUCUCUCUUGUCCAAACACCCUGUCGAAGUCAUCUCACAAUACUAUAACGAGACCAACAUUUCAGCGUCUGCCUCUACUGAAAAUCGACUCGAAGAGCUAUCAGAACAACUGGAUCAGCUGAAUGUGGAUGAAGAACAAGAUAAGAUGGAAACAAUUUGCGAGGAAAUGUCCAUGUUGGAAGAACAGCUACAAUCCGACCAAUCCUCUGUGCAACAUCAAGCCAAGGAAGCACUCCACGACUUUGGAAUUCGGGACGGCGACAUCAGUCGUAGUUGCGAGGAACUGUCACUGGGACAACGAAAGAGAGUGUUGCUGGCAGUUGCUUGGGUUUGCUCGUUCACUAAUUUGCUGCUGUUGGACGAGCCCACUGACAACCUUGACAUCUUGGGCUUGAUUCAGCUGAGGAGGCUGAUCGAAAUGUCACCAGCGACCGUCGUCUUGGUCUCUCACGACAUUGAUUUGAUCAAUGAUGUUGCAACAGACAUCAUCGAUGUGAACAUGAAGAAACUAUUCUAUUAUCCGGGAAACUACGAUUCAUACAGGCUAAUGAGAGAUCAACAAGAGAUGCAUGAUAUUCAGAAAUCUAUCAAGAUGGAAAAGAAGCGAGGCAAACUGAAAACCACACUGCAACACUUGAAAGACAAACCAGUUCCAAAGCGCGGAGGUGCCAAGAAGAAGGCCAGGGCGGUUGCGGCUCAAAGAAAAAAACUGAACAAACAUGAAUCAUUGGAAAAGUCGUUGAAUGCUUCAGCAAACAUUCCUCUGCCUCGAAAAGGACUCACCCCCACUCAAAGGCUAAAGCUUUCGGAAAUCUUGAAGGUGGUUCCAGACAAGGAAGUUCAAUUUAUUCUUCCAAAAGUCAAUUGCACAUGGGGCGAACCUUUGAUUACCGCUCUAGAUGUCGGCCAUGGAUAUAACUUGGACAGCAACAAUGCGGGAGAGGAAAUGGUAGUUGUCAGUGAUGAAAAGAAGGCAGAUGAAAUCCAGAUUGUUAAAAAGGCUGGAUUUCUAUUUGACUACGUUGCUCUGUGCAUCGAAGAGGGCUCUCGAUACUGUAUUCUUGGAAAAACAGCUUGCGGCAAAUCCACAUUGCUCAAGAUUUUAGCCAAACAGCUAGAUCCAGUAGAAGGUGCAGUAUAUCAUGCAUCUGGUGUGAGCAUUGGCUAUUUCGAUGCCGAUUUGGUGGAUGGCAUUUUGGAAUCUGUUGGCGUCUCGACAACAGCACUAGACUAUUUGACAGACAAGUACCAUCAAAAGACGGAAGAGUUCCUUCGUGGCCACUUGGCAUCUUUUGGACUCUCACCAACCACUCAAGCCAAGACUCCCUUGUGCUUUUUGAGUGGUGGUGAAAAGUGCCGAUUUGCCUUGGCAACGGUCAUGUUGGAAAGCCCUCAAGUGCUCAUUCUGGACAACCCAACUUCCAAUCUGGAUGUCCAAAGUGUCCAAGCAUUGAUCUAUGGAUUGAAACAAUGGAAUGGUACCGUUGUCAUGGUCAGCCAGGAUGUCUUCUUUGUACGAUCCCUAGAAGAUGUCAAAUGUGCUGUUCUGAUUCCGGAGGAAGGAAAGUUACGUCGCAUCGACGGCGGAAUCGAUGCCUACUUGAAGUCAUUUCAACUGAAACUCCAAUGA